GGACGGAUGGACGACGGGCGCCAUGGCAACGGCAACUCACUGACUGACUGACUGACAGAGACUCUUUGGAAUACUCUGUGGACUUUUAAUCAUGAGGUCACAUAUUGGCCUAGAACAGCUCGCAGCACUGGCAGCAUCGGGCAGAUCGCUGCUUGGCUCAAUCAAAUCCUACAAGUUUAUUGUUGAUGACGAGACUGAUGAAUCGGCUGUGACUUGCUCUGCAUUCCGACUUCUAGAGAACCUGCACUUAAAUGGCCCUAUAGGACAGCUGCUGAAUGAGACUGUGCAGACACACCAUAAACUAUACAAGACUGGAACCUCCAGCCUUCUUUUCCUUGUUGGAGCAUGGAGUAAAGCCGUUUUAAAUUGUUUGAAUGAAGAUAUCCCCAUUCCUACAAUAGUCUCUGUGAUGUCUGAAGGUCUAGACAACGCCAUAGAGGCGCUAGAAACAUGUCAGCUACACAUUGAUAAUCUUUUAGAAAACUUUAACUCAAAACAAAAUGUACUAACAAGUAAACCUGGAAGAUUAUCAUGUGGUUCAGAUACUUCCUCCAGACAUUUAAUCAGUGAUGGACACUCAGUGGCAAAGCUACAAAUUUCACAUCAGUCGAAUCCAUCAAAGAAAAUGGAUUCCGUUGAAAGCUACAGUGUUAGCCACGAGAAUGAUCAGUGCAAGCAAUCUUUUUCAUGCCAUGUGAAAUGUUUCAAAAGUACAUUGCCAGCAGCUGGUGCCUCUCCUAGUCAAAGUAAAUCAAGUUCCGUCUUCAGUGGAAAAAAUAUAAAACUUCAUCUCAGUCGACACUUCAGGAUGUCUGAUGUUGGGACACAAGAAGAAGCUUUGUCAGAUAGUUUCGAUGAAAGUUCCUCUACAGUGGCAGCUGAUUGUGCCACUUUCAGAGCAUUGGCUAUGUCGCUGAGUCAUGGAAACCAAAGUGCUAUGCAGCUAACAAUAGAGGCUUACAGAGUUCAGAUUCAGUAUGAUCGAGUGGCAAACAGUGUUUCAAGAACUCUCCCUCAAUUUGACAUUGAUAAACUUGUUACAUGUUUGUUGCCAGGACUUCCUGAGCAUUAUUCCUGUGUUAAUACUGGUUUCAUCACAUUACUCUCAGGGGAACAGCCUAUUGUUGUCCAGCAUCUAUCAGGACUGUCUCUUCAUGUUAUCCUCAUAGAUGGAGAUUUGACUCAUCAAUACCAUCAUCCAGGAUUCAACCGUGUUACUAAUAUGAAGAUAGUUGCUAAGAGUAUUGAUAACACGUUUAAAAGUGUGGAAGAAGAAUGGUUAAAUAAUGCCAUCGAAAUAUUUCGUAAAUAUCAUGUUAACGUAAUUCUAGUAAAAGGAAUAGCAUCUCCAUGUUUAAUGGAGAAGUGUAUCCAAAAUAAUAUACUAGUAAUUCAGCAAGUGAAAGACAACGUAGUGCAAGGCUUUGUGGAGGCCACAGGGGCUAUUCUUAUUACUUACAUCACACAGGUAAAAGAGAAUUGUGUGGGCACUGGAGCACACCUUUGUUUUUGGAAAGCGGGUCAUGGAAAUUCACCAGACAUGAGAGAAAGAGUUGCUGUACAGAUAAGCUGCUUUAAAAUUGCUGUUAUCACAGUGGUGCUUUGUAGCCCUGUAAACUGUAAACUGCAGGUAAUAGGAGAUCAAUUGUGGAGCUGUGUACAUCGUUUGCACCAUGCCCUCAGUGAGCAACGAAUCUUUCCAGGUGCAGGAGCCACUGAACUUAUGUCCCUCUGCCACCUGAAACGGCUCAUAUCAGAAAAGGCUGCUCUAAAGCCCCAAAUAAAUGCUACUGAUUGCACUGGUCCACAUUGUUCAUCAAGGCGUACAGAGGCUGAUGUACUUUACAAAUCCCAGAUUCUGCAGUUUUUGGCUGAUGGCUGGAGAGAAUACCUUAUGACUGCCAUGUAUAAUACCGGCAUGUAUAGAACACCACUAGAUGCUAUGUCAGAAGUACAAAGAUGUGUCAAUGAAGAUGUGGGUCUCUUUGCUAUAAUCCCCAAUGUGUCCGACGAAUCUACUGCAGAAAGGGUUGGUCAAUGUUCCUGGCAAUUUGGUGGCACUGUGAGUGAGAACCGUAUGAACUCCAAGGUGUAUGAUAAUGUGACAGUUAAGCUAGAGAGCUGGCGAAGGGCUCUAGAUCUCGUGUUACUCGUGCUGCAAGCAGAUGUUGAAAUCAUCACCGGUUACAGAGCUAAUACCUCUAGACUUAUUGAAGAAUUCUCCAAAGCAAGUGUUGCGGAGAUGGAAGAAAUUGGAUUUGCUCAGAGCCUGGAAGAAAGAUUUAAAGGAGAGUUGAGGAUCGAGGUUCUGCAUCUGCAGGUGGAUGUGGUCCAGUGCUGA